AUGGCAACAACUUAUGAAUACACAUAUGAAUAUGACACAGCUGACCAAGGAAAACGUGGUAAAGCAGCCACAACAACUUAUUCAGGCUCAACAACAAAUCGUUCAGCAAAUGAUCCAUUAGCAAAUUUACAACACGAUCGAAUAUGGCAUAAAUUGUAUGAUCCGUCACAUCAAGAUAAAGCAAACCAUGAAACAGAAAUUCAAAAAAUGGCUCGUCGACAAGAUCGAAAAGUAAUUAAAAUUGAAGCUGCCUACGGUUCUGAUCGUCAAACAUUUAUUGUUAAACGAAAUUAUGAUUUACGUGUUCGUGAUGUACAAGAAGAUGCAUCAAAAGCAUUUAAAAUGCCUGUUGAUCAAAUUAUUUUAUAUUGGAAAGGUCGAAAUAUUUGUGAUACACCAAAUGAACUUCUUGAAACAUUGGGUAUAGAAAAUAAUCAUCAAAUGCGUGUUUGUCGAGAAGAUGAUCCUGUUCAACGUAAUAGAAGAAAAGAAUUACGUUCAUAUACAGAUUAUACAAAUCAACAAGAUCCCUAUGGUGGAGGACAAACAAUGUAUCAACAACAACAAACAAAUUAUCCAAAUCAAUAUCCAAAUUAUCAAUCUUAUAAUAAUGAUCAAUACAGUACAAGUCCACGUACCACUUAUUAUCAACAAUUAACUCAACAAUCUCAGCCAACAAAUUAUAGUGGUCAACGAGGAUCGAAUUUUCUUCUUAAUUUACAAAUUGGUUUUGGUGAUCGUCUCGAAGGAUUAGUAGUUGGACGUCCACAUCCCAUUACUAUCUAUGAUUUACAAAUGGAAUUACAACAACGUUUUAAUAUACCCGUAUUAGAUCAAAAUGUUGGAUAUAAUGGAAUAUCAUUAACACAAUUUCCACCUGAUGCACCAUUAGAAUCAGUUGGUAUUGUUAAUAAUUCAUUUAUCUCUUUAUGGUAUAAAAAUGUAAAUCAAAAUAGUGGACAAUUACAACAACAAAAUGAUAUGUUUACACCUCGACAACAAUAUGGAGGAGAUGGUUCUCAAUCUCCAAGACAAGGACAGUUGUCUCCAAGAAGAGGAGACAAUAACAUGUCCAAUGGAACUAAUAAAGAAGUAUUAAAAGUAGAAGUAUUUCAUGGAUCUGACCGACAUGUAUUAAUAUUGAGUAGUGCCCACAAUUUACGUAUCUAUGAUUUAAUGGAUGAAUUACAACGAAUAACAAAUGUACCUGUUAAAGAACAAAAAUUAUAUUUUCGUGGGCAAGAACUUCAACUCUUUCCUGAACGUUCAUUAAAAGAAGCGAAUAUUGAUAAUAAUGCACAAAUUCGACUUAUUGGAGAUCCGAGUAAAACACGUUAUGAAGCAAUGAUAACAGGUCAAAAAACAAAUAAUCAAUAA